CGUCUUCGUCACCCACUCACGACUACUCACCGAACUCGAACGGAACCGUAAACCGUUCCUCUCCGUUGUGAUGGCAUGCGUGCUGAAGUUGUUCGCCGUAACCAAUGGCAGCGUCUUCAGCCUCCACCUCAACUCACGUCGUCGCUUCCAUCGCCGUUUCAAUGCCAAAAUCAAAAUGUCCUCCUCCGACGCCGCGCUUCCUUCUCUUCCCGAUAACCGCACCGUCGUCGGGUUCGGAAUGACGGCGGUGGAUUUCCUGGCUACCGUGGACGGAUUUCCGAAACCAGACGACAAGGUCCGAAGCGCUUCGUUGAAGGUUGAAGGAGGCGGCAAUGCCGGCAACGCGCUCACCUGCGCUGCUCGGCUCGGCUUGAAGCCGAAGCUGAUCUCCAAAGUUGCAGAUGACUCGCACGGCUUCGCCAUAUUGAAGGAGUUAGAAGCCGAUGGCGUCGAUACUUCCUUCAUCGUCGUAUCCAAGGGUGGUAGUUCAACAUUUUCAUAUGUACUAGUUGACAACCAAACAAAAACUCGCACAAGUAUCUACACCCCUGGAGAUCCUCCAAUGAUGCCAGAUGACCUGUCCCAGUCAACAUUAUUAUCUGCAUUUGAUGGAGCAAGAUUAGUUUAUUUCGAUGGAAUGUUUCCUGAAACUGCUCUAUUUGUUGCACAAGAGGCAGCUCGCAAUAAUAUUCCUAUUUUAGUUGAGGCAGAAUCACUGAGGGAAGGGUUGGACGAGCUCUUGAAGCUAGCAGAUUUUGUUACAUGCUCUGCAAAGUUUCCACAGGCUUGGACGCAAGCACCAUCUAUCCCGAGUGCACUGGUUUCCAUGCUUUUAAGAUUGCCAAAUAUCAACUUUGUGGUUGUGACUUUGGGUGAAGGUGGUUGUCUAAUGUUAGAAAGAAGUGCAAAUGAGGAUUCUGACAUAGAAGAAAGGGAUGUGGAGAGUUUCUUGGAAUUCUUAUAUAAAGGGAAAGAUGAUAGCUUGGCUAUCCCUACCUGUAUACCAUCGGCGGUGACAAAAUUCAGAGCAAAUGGAAUAGGGACAAUUUGUGGGAGAUUCUAUAUUGGAACAGCUGAGAAGAUACCAGAUUCUGAGCUGAUUGAUACAACUGGUGCUGGGGAUGCUUUUAUUGGAGCCAUUAUGUAUGCUAUCUGUGCAAACAUGGUACCAGAGAAAAUGUUGCCACUUGCUGCUCAAGUGGCAGCUGCCAAGUGUAGAGCUUUGGGAGCUCGAACUGGUCUUCCACGUCGGACAGAUCCACAUGUGGCAUCGUUUUUACACUAGACAGAAACAACUGGUAUUUCCCAUCAAAGAAGCUCAAAAGCUCUUUCAUCUCUCUGCUUUUGGAGUUAUGUUUACUAUGUGGCUCUUUGUACAUGUCUUGUUGUAAGAUGUCCUAUAGUUUGUACAGAAUCAUGAGUUGGGGUGCUCAUGAUUUGGGCAUUUACAUAACUAUAAACAUACCUAAUAAAUAAAUAUAUUAUAAGUGAGUAUUAUAACUA